GCUUGGGCAAGACUCUGCAAGUGCCUUGAGCAGUAUCUUCUCUCUUAUUACUGUUGCCAGUCAGUCGUCUACUCAGCAGUGCGGUGUAACCAUUACACCUCUUGAUCCUGACGACAGUGAUCAUGAAAGCAAUGAAACUACCAGUCUUGGUGAUAAAAGAAUAGGUAUCAGAACUAGUGUAAAGCAAUUGACUGAUCAUGUAAUAUCAGGUCUAGAGGAGGCAUUGCAUAAGGAGCCAGAAUUGGGAAGAUGUGUAAACAUGUUGAAUGGGUACAUACAGCCACUUCUUAAACUGCAGACAACAAAAGGCAUGAAGUCUGACAAUGGAGUGGCUGAGGAGGUAAAGCUGGAUUCUAAUCAAUCAAUGCCUGAAAGGAAGUUGGAAGCUUCCAAUUUGUUGACUGAAGAAAGGUUUAGAAGACGUUUAUGCUCAGAUUGAAGAUGGGUUUCGGAUUCAGAGUUGAUUUGAGAGACAAAGAUGGUGUUUGACAUCCGUUACCCCAAGAAACAGAUUAGCAUCGUAUGGGAUGAGAACGUAAAUGGUAAAUAUAAAUGUCAGUUACAA